UGAAACAGACUGUUGGAAACUUCUUCCUACAUCCCUUUACCUUGGUUGCGCGAAUGGUUGACUUUGGUGCUUAGGGCUCCAUCGCCUUUGCUAAAUUUGGCUCAUGUUGUUUCUCUAGAGUGAGGUCAACGCCUCUGAGGCCUGAGUGUGUCGUUGGGCCUUCUCGGUGCAUUUACUUAGCAUAUCUCGAUUUAUCUAUCGCUCUUCCACAGAUAAAUAGCACCUGCUAGACGUCUCUUGAUCUCAAUUUGUCUCUCCAGCCGCUUGCAAGUAGACACGCUGGUACAGCUCUCUCUGCUCCUAGUUUCUGCGUCCCUUUUGAGGUUGCUCUCUGUAUCUUGGUUUUUGCUUCCUCUUUUACUCUCUUUCACAAGUCAACACCUAGUCCUCACUGUUCGACAAACUCCAAGCUCUCUGUUCUAUAUAUAACCCUGAUCGAUCACUUUGUUGUCGAAUUAUGUGCAACUCUUGCUUUACAGCUGGAAGAUGGGUCCCCUAUUGCCAAGAUAGGAAUACGCCUUCUCCUCUCCAGGUGCCAACGUAUCCCUUGCAGAACUACAACUCGCAAAGCUACAUAUCCCAGCCCCCACAGCCGCAUCCUCGCCCAGCUAUGAUGCCUUCGAGCUCAGGCAGCUUGCACCCUGGCGGUACCUACGCGGCAAGUCCCAGCGGAUCAGGCAACUUCUACCCUGGAAGCAACUUUGGUGCAAGUCCCAGCGGAUCAGGCAACUUCUAUGAUGGCAGCAACUACGCAGAGACUUCCGGCGGAUCCGUUCGCGCUGGCUCGCGCGGCAGUGCCUCCAGCAGUAUCUCAGUCGAGUCGGCGCGUGCGACUGUGUACUCGGUCGAGAGGUCGCAGUCUCUAGAGAGCCUAGCCAGACAAAUCAGCCGAGAUCUGAACGACCUCGACGACACAGUAAGGCAGCUCAAUGCGUGGUUCAGGAGCCUGGAUCCCAAGGGAUACACCAAGCGGACCCCGUGGUCGGCGGGGAUGGAGAGUGCCUACGACCGAUACAAGAGAUACGGUGCGGCCCACGCGCAAGCUCACACCGCGUUCCAAAUCUGCCUGUCCACAACAAGGAGGAACACAACGCCAGAGCAACACGCCGAGCGCGCCAAAUUGGCUAUUGACUGGGGUACGCAGGCUUUGAGAGCGGCUGAGGCACGGCUCGAGUUCAUGAGGAUGUACCGUGACGCCUAUCGCCUGAAGGGUAUCGACACCCAUAUCAAGACAGGAGAUAAUAUUAUUACCAGUGCUCGAAACGCCGUCGCAGAAGCAAGGCGUAAUUACAAUAGUAUCUGGGUCUCAGCUGGACGCUUGACUGAUCUGUCAAUCUUCAGUUAGUGUGUUAUGGGGUACGCGGCGAAGGUUGUGCGACAAAGUUGAGGUCUAUUUCGCUAUGUAUGCUGCAGCAACUACUCUGUGAUAUGUAACUUAGCAAGUCUAAAGCAGAGUUUAAUGCGUGGUAACAAUCUAGUACACGGAGGUGCGCUGAAUCUGGC